AUGCCAGCAAUCUCACCCGUUAAGUUGCAUUGUAUUGCAGACGUUUGUCUUCUACCUAUUGGAACCAAAUCACCAUCUGUCUCUAAUUAUGUCACCGCUGCAGAGAAGAUGAUUCGUGAAAGUGGCUUGAAAAGUACUUUACAUAGUGCCGGUACAACCAUUGAAGGUCCAUGGAGUGAUGUCAUGAAUCUGAUUGGUAACUUGCAUGAAAAGGUGCAUAGUAUGGGAUGUUUGAGAAUUCAAAGUGAUAUCAGGGUUGGUUCUAGAACUGAUAAGGCACAAACUGCUAAGGACAAGGUUGAUACUGUUGAGAGAAAGCUAAAGGAGUUGAAAUAA